AUGUAUACUGCGAGCUGUUUUGCUUUGAUUUCUUUGUAUUCGGUAUCAAAUUCUUACUUAUUCCUAUUCUUUCGUGCACGACUUCAUACUUUACACUGUCAACUGAAUGAAGCUAUUCGAACAUACGAAUAUGCAAUGCGAUGUCAAAAUGAUUGGAAACAUCUUCAUCAUAUUGCAUAUUGGGAGAUUUUAUUCUGUCAUGCACUGCAAAAAGACUGGAAACGUGCAGUAGACAUAUGCAAAAUUUUGCUUAAUGAAAACAAUUGGAGUAAAGCAACGUACUGUUAUCUAUUAUCGACAUUUCUUUUCGAAGAAAAUAAUCGAAUUCCUACAGAUGAAGUUAUCAAAUUGUAUAAACGAGUUCCUGAAUUGAAGAUUCGUCUUGCGGGCAAAUCGAUUCCUUUGGAGAAAUAUGCUAUGAGACAAUGUGAUCAUUUUCUCGUCCAGCGAUGGUUAUUCCUACCCGCAUUGGUAACUACCGACAUCUAUUGUCGACUCCUCAAAUCGAUUUUGUUGAUUCGAUUUGACGAAUUCAUCUACCUUCUCAAUGGAUUUUACAUUCUUGCACAUGAUCAUCAAAAAUUGAAAGAAACACUCGAUGUUGUUGAUAAUGCUUUAGAUGAGUUGGAGCAUCAUCAUCAAAAUGAUCAAUUCUAUGCGGAUAGUUAUGGUUCGGGAUUGUUACUUCGUGGCGUACUUCUUCACUUUCUUCAUCGAUACGACGAAGCACAUCAAGCAUUUGAUGAAAUAAUCGAAAUGGCAAAGCAAUUCGACGAGAAAUCAUUCCUGGCAGCGAAUGCCGCACUGGAAAAAGGCUUGAUCUACUUGAAUUUAAAACAAAAGCAAAAAGCGUUGGAAUACCUACAAAAGUCGCUAAAUGAUUACAAAGAUUAUCAGCUUGAAUCUCGUCUCCAAUUUCGUAUCAAUGCUGCAAUGCAAACAGCUAAACAUCUGGAUAAUUAA